GACGCGUUCUUGUCCUCCGUAUCCAUGAUCCUCGUCUCCGAGAUGGGCGACGAGACGUUCAUCAUCGCGGCGAUCAUGGCGAUGCGCCACCCCCGCGUCGUCGUCUUCUCCGGCGCGAUCGCCGCGCUGUCGAUAAUGACCGUCCUGGGCGUCGCCCUCGGCCUCGUCGUCCCGAACCUGAUAAGCAAAGACACCGUGUCCAAGGCGGCGUUCGUGCUGUACACCUUCUUCGGCUGCCGUCUCCUCUACAUCGCGUGGAAGGCGGACCCGGCGGCGACGAUGCAGGAGGAGGUGUCCGAGGUGGAGGAAAAACUCGGCGGGGGUUUGGGACCGAAACCGCCGGCGGGGCCGCUGCGACGCGCGCUCAAUCGCGUGUGCACGCCCAUCUUCUUGGAGGCGUUCAUCCUGACGUUCCUCGCGGAGUGGGGGGACCGCUCGCAGAUCACGACGAUCGCGCUCGCGGCGCACAAGGAGCCCUACGGCGUCGUCGUCGGCGGGAUCAUCGGACACGCGUUUUGCACCGGGUUGGCGGUGCUCGGCGGACGCGUCAUCGCGCUGAAGAUAUCGCAGAGGGUCGUCGCG